AUGAACGUCGUCGACGCAACAGAUCGGACGGAGAAGCAGGACGAGGCAGAAGCACCCUCACUACUAACCAUCAUCCUCGACACGAACCCGCACGCCUGGAACCUCCUCGCGGACACCCUGCCCCUAUCGAAAGCGGUCGCCAACCUACUGGUCUUCAUAAACGCGCAUCUAGCCAUCAACCAUGCCAACAGAGUUGCGGUAUUAGCCAGCCACAGCGAGCGAGCAGAAUGGCUAUAUCCAACGCCAGCUCAUUCGCAGGAGAACGGCGCAGCGAAGGGCUCACAUCAAGAUGGAGAGGACGUGGACAUGGGAGAGGAGGGCAGCUCAGCGGGUCAAGGGGGUCCAGUACAGUCCCCGGACGAUGCAAACAAGUACCGGCCGUUCGCACAUGUAGAACACGCAAUCCUCACAAAUCUACGCCGUCUCAUGUCUACCACUACUCCCGAGUCUCUCAGCUCAACUCCUGCCACCAUGAUCGCCGGCGCUCUCACCCUCGCCCUGAGCUACAUCUCAAAACAGUCCCAGUCGCAGCCAGCAGCCAACAUGACGUCCCAAUUCAACUACUCCGACCCUACAUCUGUCGCCGGCGGCAACGAACUUAACCCGUCUGACUCUUCCAAACACCACGCUGCGCUCGGCCUCUCCAGCCGCAUCCUCAUCCUCUCCGUCUCUGGCGAUCUCGCGAACCAGUACAUCCCAAUUAUGAACGCCAUCUUCGCCUGCCAACGCCUCGACAUUCCGCUCGACAUCCUCAAACUCGCAGGCGACACCGUCUUCCUCCAGCAAGCUGCUGAUGCUUCGGGUGGUAUCUACAUGGCACUAGAUGAUGCGCAAGCACGAGCAGGGCUGCUGCAGUACUUGAUGUUCGCAUACCUGCCCGACCAGGGCGCGCGAGAACAUCUGAUCGUGCCGGGAGAGGGUGAGGGAGUGGACUUCCGGGCUGCGUGCUUUUGCCAUCGUCGGAUCGUGGAUAUUGGAUAUGUGUGCUCGAUCUGCUUGAGCAUUUUCUGCGAGCCGUUGGCGGAUGGGACGUGCUUGACGUGCGGGAGUCAUCUGAAGUUGAGUGGGUAUGGGCAGAGGCCUGCUGUGGUGCCGAAGAAAAAGAAAAAGAAGAAGAGGGCUCUGGAGGCUGGUGGGAUGGAGACGCCGGGGAGUGAAGGUGGGACGCCUGCGCCUGCGUGA